AUGUUGUUAUUGUUUUGGUUAUUUCUUAUUCUACCAGUGAUAAAUGUCACAAGUCGUUCAUGUCAUCAUCAUGAUCAAUCCAUAUCAAAAACUAUAUCAGAUCAAUUAAUUGAAUUAGUUACUCGAGGUGCUUUUCAUGGUGUUACUUAUUAUCGUUUAGCUGCAUUAGCUGAUACUAUUGGUCCUCGUCUAUGUGGAAAUGAAUCAUUAACUCAAGCUGUUAAUUGGAUACAAAGUGCAAUGAUUACUGAAGGUUUAGAUAAUGUUCAUAUUGAACCAGUUCAAAUACCUCAUUGGAUACGUGGUGAAGAACGAGCUCAAUUAAUUCAACCACGUUAUGCAAAAUUAUCAAUGCUUGGUUUAGGUAAUUCAGUUGGUACUGGUCCAAAAGGUAUUCAAGCACCAGUACUUGUUGUACGAUCAUUUGAUGAAUUAAAUGUAAGAUGUGAACAAGCUCGAAAUAAAAUUGUUGUUUUUAAUCCACAAUGUGAUUGGCAAACACACCCUGUAGAUUGUUAUGGUCCUGUUGUUGCUUAUCGUUCAGGUGGAGCAUCUCAUGCUGCUAAAUGUGGAGCAUUAGCUUCUCUUAGUCGAUCAGCUGCAUCACAUUCAAUUGAUUCACCACAUACUGGUAUGAUGUCAUAUGAUCCAUCAUAUCCAAAAAUUCCAGCAGCAUCACUUUCUGUUGAACAUACGGAUAUGCUUGAACGUUUUCAACAACGAAAUCAAUCAAUAGAAAUUUUUCUUUAUAUGGAAGCACAAACAUUACCUGAUGUUACAGGUUAUAAUCUUGUUGCUGAAAUAAAAGGUUCAAAUUUACCAAAUGAAACUGUACUUGUUAGUGGUCAUCUUGAUAGUUGGGAUGUUGGUCAAGGUGCUAUGGAUGAUGGUGGUGGUGCAAUGAUUUCUUGGACUGUUCUUUCAUUACUUCAUUCAUUAAAUAUUCGUGCUAAACGAACAAUUCGUUGUGUUCUUUGGUCAUGUGAAGAAUUUGGUGGUAUUGGUGCUGAUCAAUAUUUUCUUGCACAUGAAGAUGAAGUAUCGACUAUGAGUAUUGUUAUGGAAUCUGAUAUGGGAAUUAUACAAACAAUAUCACAACAAUUAAUAUCAAUUAAUGCAACGCAAGUUAUACCAGGUGGUGGUGGUACAGAUAUCAGUCCAUGGCAACAACGUGGUGUUCCUGGUGCUUCACUUCUUAAUGAUAAUCGAAAUUAUUUUGCUUAUCAUCAUUCAAAUGGUGAUACAAUGAAUGUACUUAAUUCAACGGAUGUUGAUCUAGCUGCUGCUGUUUGGGCUGUUUAUGCUUAUGCUAUAGCUGAUCUUGAUGACUUAUUACCACGAUAG